CUGAAACUAAAACUAAAACUAACUGCACUAAACAUUCUUGUAAAUAAAGACUGGUGAGAUGAUGUGGAGUUGAUCACAAAGUUUGGUCGACUGCCUUGUUUCAAUGCAGCAGGCAAGCAAUGACUGAGGAUGGCAGCUGAUCCCCCUUUUCUCCUGGUGUUGUAGGUUGUUGGCGGGACACAAGGAGCGUCGCCUUGUAGACGGAUCCCUUGGAAAGAGUCGAUGGCUGCAGUCAGGUUUACGAGAGGCGUGAAGAGGAAACGAGCUGAAGAUGGGGAUGAGGAUGAGGGAGUCCGGCCAUUGUCGCCCCCACUUGCCUUCCGCUGCGAGGCUCUGCUCGAUCUCUCGCUGCACAAGCUGCACCAGGGCUGCACGGUUGCUGACCGCAACCUGCGACGUUCCGUGCUCAUCGCCAACACCUUGCGGCGGCUGCAGGCGGGGGAGGGGAGAUCCCUGCCCCCCCAGACCCUGCCCCAGCCCGAAGCCCCGGACCCUAACAACGCCGACACCGACGCUGACACCGACGCCAACAACAACCUCUGCCUCCUGUUGGGAGACGACGCCACUCUCUCCAUCGACCUCCACGACCUGGACUACCCGGGCGGUUUCGGGGGGAGCCCGCCCAUCCCGGAGGAGGACCCCCCCCUCUCCCCCACCUCCCGGCCCCUCCAGUCCGUCCUGGCUGAGCUGGACAUGGGAGACUCCGACGCCUUCUUGACCGACUGCUCGCUGGACGACAUCUUCUCGGACAUCGACACCUCCAUGUACGACGGGCAGACGAGUCUCGCCGCCGGUCUCUGGGACCCCCUCAAGCCCCCGGACCCUGCCCCCUUCACCCUGGAGAGACCCCCCUGGGACUACCCCUCGACCAGGACCCCCAACGGGCGGACUGAGUUCACCGAUCUGGAGAUGGUGAUGGACUUGCUGGCUGGAUGAAUGUUGGUCACCCAAAGACCCCAACACAACAAUGGGUCAGUCUGGCCACCCAGUGCCCCUUGGCAUCUCUACCCUUUGCCCUGGUACUUUCAAACCCUGGUGGUGAGAUAGUGGCAUUGUGGGCAAGACCUUCCAAUCCACCAUUUGUAGCUAAAUGGUGUUUUUGUUGGCGUUGGGCUGUUUGGGGGGGGGGGUUCCCAUUUCUGACCUGUUCCCAUUCCACAGGCGUUUGGUUUGGACUUCACCCUCCCCGUGAGCGGGCAGGGACCCCCACCCUGGGGCGAUGUUUGCUGAGGGGGGGCAGAUCACGGAGGGGCUUCACCCCAGAGGCUCUGACUGCAACAUAUAAAAUUGGACAGGCUAGAUGCAGGAAAAAUAUUCCCCAUGUUGGGGGAGUCCAGAACCAGGGGUCACAAUUUAAGAAUAGGGGUAGGCCAUUUAGGACUGAGAUGAGGAAAAACGU